AUGUCCAACCCUCCGCCGCAGCAGCAGUACGAGACCUCUCGGCGCCCCCCUACUUAUGCUCGGCCUUCGGAAGAGCUUCAUAUUCCCUUGUCUACUACCACAAUCGCUUCCAACCCUCCGAGUGCGCAUGGCCCUCCAUCUAUAAACAUCCAGCAGUCGACGCCUCAGCAUUCCCAAUACCCUUCUAGCACUAGCACCCUUCCUAAUGCCCUACAGCCGGGGAAUGGGCCCAAUCGGCCAGCUCCCACGUCUACCAACACCGCUCCCUCUGGCGCACCUACAUUACCGCCUCUCUCUACGCAAUCGCACCAGAUGACGCCCUCUCGGUCGGGAACAGUGAACCACAGUCAUGGUCACUCCAGAUCGAGCCCGGCAGGGUUUGAGCAGCAUAGGUACAAGCAGUAUGGGGCAACGCCAGAAAGCGCCAAGUAUUCAUCACCGCCGGGCUCUGGAUAUCUGCCUCAUACGCCCUCGGGCGCAAAAUAUUCCCCACUGGGCCUGGCAGAUAUACGGCCACCGAGUGACUCGUUGCUGAUGGACCACCCGAUGACACCUGGGUCUCAUCCUGUCAAUGGUGAUAUGCAGUUUCCAACAAAUAGCAACUAUGUUGCUCCGUGGCCGAUAUAUGCCGUCGACUGGUGCAAAUGGCCUAUGUCGUCAGGAGGAUCUUUUGCUGGGAAAGUGGCCCUUGGAAGCUAUCUAGAGGAUGGCCACAAUUUUAUCCAAAUUCUAGACCUUCACCGCAAGCAACCUGAAUCAGAUACCCCAGAUGUUGCCCCUGGGGAUGUGGAGUUAGAAUACGUGAAAACUGCCGAGGCGACACAUUCUUAUCCAGUGACGAGGAUAUUAUGGGAGCCUCCAUCCUCUCAAAAACAAUCCACGGAUCUCCUUGCGACAUCAGGCGAUCACUUGCGUUUAUGGUCGCUACCAAGCAAUUCUCACAUGACGCAUAAUUCCAAUUCAGUGACUGGCCGAAAUCCAGGUCAAACAGUGGCCAAGUUGUCCCCUCUUGCCCUUUUGUCCAAUUCCAAAUCUCCUGAACAUACAGCACCCAUCACAGCAUUGGAUUGGAACACUAUCUCGCCGAGUCUUAUCAUCACGUCUAGCAUCGACACAACGUGUACAAUCUGGGAUAUCCCCACCUUAACAGCCAAGACUCAGCUCAUUGCACACGACAAAGAAGUGUAUGAUGUGCGAUUUUGUGCGAAUAGCGUCGAUGUUUUUGUUAGCUGUGGUGCGGACGGUAGUGUUCGCAUGUUCGAUCUCCGAAGCUUGGAACAUAGUACGAUUAUAUACGAACCUUCUGAAAAGAACGAGAAAAUCAUGAGUCCCGGAGGAUCAAGUCCGUCAGCCUCCGGACAUGGAGCAAUGUGGCCACCUCCUCUCCUACGCAUAGCUACAUCUCCGCAUGAUUCCCAUUUACUCGCGACAUUCUCGCAAGACUCCAAUAUCAUCCGCAUCCUUGAUGUUCGGCAACCGGGCCAAGCUCUAAUAGAGCUCAAGGGACAUUCAGCCCCGAUCAAUUGUAUAGAAUGGUCUCCCAGCCGCAGAGGGACGCUGGCAUCUGGAGCUGAUGACUCUUGUGUUCUUAUCUGGGAUCUUUUCAACCAGCAUAAUGCUGCUCAAAUACCGCCUCCCGCUGCCCCUGGCGUUACGACGGGGCCGUCUACCUCAGAACGCGGCCCUGCCGCUGCUUGGCAGUGCGAUUACGAAAUCUCGAACUUGUCCUGGUCACCCCAAGGUGCUACAGCGCCAUCAGGCCACCCUCGCGACUGGCUCGGGGUUUGUGGUGGCAAAGGAUUCUGGGGAGUGGCUCUGUAA